GUGGGAGGAGUGAAGGUCUGUGGGAGCAGCGUGUUGGGAAGGGGUGGACGUAGCUGUGAUCAACUUCGUUUCGUUGGUGGUUUGCGGCGUACAUGGAGAUUGACGUGGUGUUAAGGGGGUGGGUUUUGGGUCGCUCCAUCAUCUUCUACGAGAUGCGACACCGGCGCGGGGAGGACUACGGCAGGGACUUUGAUUUCGAGAAAGGGGUCACGAAGCAUGAAGUUCACCAUUACGAGAUCGGCGCGGAUGGAGACACGUGCCACCAUCUGACGGUCGGGUUUGGAUUUCGCAAAGGGCUCUUGCGCCCGAUGGUCGUUUUUGCGCGGAAGGUGGGCACGACCAUCCCUAACCACUGGGUAGGAGGUGUGGAGGUGUUGGCGGACAUCAUCAACCUGUUGGUGUCCAACGUGGCGAUGGGGUACGCAGGCCGCCUCCACGACCCGACGUUGUACGUCGACCACGCUGAUCCGCCUUUCGCCAAUCGCGAAUAUUUGCACGACGAAGUGCGGAUCAUGAUCGACGACUUCUACUGAACUCAGCGAUGGCGGCCGUGGCGUGAGUGACGGGAGACGUGUCCGCAGAGGUGGCUUCCGGU